AUUGCGGCGCAUCGCGCGCGUGAAUGCGCCGUUAUUUAUCCGGCACAAAGUAAAAUAAAAGCAACGGGGAAGAAAAGUACCUUCUAAUAUCCGCGAUCUUCAGCCAUUAUCCCGUGACGUCGGGGGGGGGGGUUCUCGCGAGACUUCGUUCUAGUGGAGAGAGUUGGGUUGGUCAAGAUGAACACCGCCCCGGAAAACGGACGAGAGUGAGACGCCAUCUUCCCUUGUUGCCACAGAAACUCCUCGAAACUCCACCAAUAUGUCGGAGUUUUACGCCGCUUUCUGCGCGGAACAAAUGAUAGAAAUAAACCCACACGUUUUACAAGCUUUGGAGAAGGCGACGGCCACGAAUAGUGUCACAAUAAAGCUGCCAGGAAACCACCAUCUGAGAGACGCUCAGCGACUCCAUGACAAAGACGUUCUCGCUCUCUCAAAGUGUCUGAGGGACAACAAGAGGGUGACAGCUCUUGAUGUCGGGUACAAUAACAUAACCGACGAAGGGGUUGGACACCUAGUUGACCUCCUCCAGUUUAUCUUUCCGUGUUCCCCCGAGCAGGAGGACGGCUCGUCUCUGCGCUCUCUGGACUUGACGUUCAACGACAUCCGGAGCGACGGAGCUGAAGUUCUCGCCAAGAGUCUGCAGCGUAACAGCACCUUGCUCUCUCUCAGACUGUCCAACAAUAAGAUAGAGAACAGAGGAGCGAUGCACCUGGCCCGCAUGCUGCAGGUGAACAGCACCCUGAGGGAGCUGGAGCUGGCUGCCUGCGACCUGGACACUCAGAGCGUCAUUGCGUUCGCCAUCGUCCUGACGCGCAACCAGACUCUCCGCUCGGUCGACAUCAGCCGGCCGCUGCUCUUCGGCCUCCAGGAGGAGUGGGCGGUGCACGUGGCAGAGAUGCUGGCGGUGAACGGCAGCCUGGUGGAGCUCCACCUGGGGAAGAUGGGGAUGACCGACACAGGGAUGGAGAGGCUGACCAGAGGCCUGCGGCUCAACGGCAGCCUGCGCUACCUGGACCUCCGCGGUAACCGCGUGACUCGCGACGGCGUGCGCCAUCUAGCCGACCUGCUGAAGCAGAACCCGACCUUGGAGGUCGUAGAUCUGACGUCCAAUCGGAUCGAAGAUAAAGGCGCCGCGUACCUGAGCGAGGCUGUCGCCUGGCCGAGCUGCGCCCUGAGAGAGCUGUCUGUCCGCAGUAACAACAUCAGGACGGAGGGUCUGCUGUCUUUGGCUCGGGCGUUGACGGCCAACACAACGCUGGACCACCUUUACGUCUGGGGGAACCACCUGGAGGAGCCCGUCUGUCAGGCCUUCAGGGAGCUGAUCGACGGCGGCCGGCUGCGUCCGGAGCAGACGGACGUCAGCGCGUACGAGGUGGACGGCCAGGUGUUCCUCGCCGAGGCCCCAGGUGGUUUGAGGAGACGCUACGACUCCACCGCCGCGCCGCCCACUGAGAGCCGGACACUCGUUUCCCUGCAGUCCUGCUGUGCUUCAGAACCUCGUCGUCACUUGUGCACAAAUGUGUCAAAUAUACUAAAAUAAAACAAUGCAAUUAAACCAAAAAAAGAACUCUCAAACUAAAUUUAUAUUUUAUUAAUAUUUAAAUAUUCAGUGCACAGAUUUUAAGGGUGUGAAAGACACCUGUGAAUGCCAAGUGUCAGUGUUCAUCACAUAUUUUAUAAAAACCGGAUCGCUCUAUCGUGAUCUUUAUAAAAUUAUAUAUUUUUUCAGAAUAACUAAAAACUAUUGAGAUGAGCUCAUAGAAGACGGCAACCCGAUGCUUCAUGUGUUAAAGCUGCAUUCUCUCUCCUGACCACCAGGGGGCGACUCCUCUGGUUGUAUAGAAGUCUAUGCUUCAUGUGUUAAAG